AUGACGGGCAACAUUUCUUCGAGCCGGAUGCACGGCUUGACCGGCAAGCCGCUCAUUUACUUUACGAGUGUAUUUGUAUCAUUAGGCGUUUUCCUUUUUGGAUAUGAUCAGGGUGUCAUGUCGGGCAUUAUCACUGGCCCUUACUUUAAAGACUAUUUUAACCAGCCAACUCGCGCAGAGAUUGGUACCAUGGUGGCCAUCCUCGAAGUGGGCGCCUUUGUUGCUUCGUUGUCGGUAGGACGAAUUGGCGAUUUGAUAGGCCGCCGAAAGACCAUUCUCUAUGGCUCCAUUGUCUUUUUCAUCGGCGGUGCACUGCAGACUUGUGCCACCGGCAUGCCCAUGAUGUAUAUCGGCCGUGUGAUUGCCGGUCUGGGUGUCGGCGCCCUGUCAACCAUUGUGCCCGUAUAUCAGUCGGAGAUUUCUCCCCCGCACAAUCGUGGCAAACUCGCCUGCAUCGAAUUUUCAGGCAACAUUUGUGGUUAUGCGGCCAGUGUGUGGGUAGACUACUUUUGCAGCUAUAUCCAAAAUGAUUUCGCCUGGCGUGUGCCAUUGCUUUUGCAGUGUUUCAUGGGCGCUCUGCUUGGUCUUGGAAGCUUGAUUAUUUGCGAGUCACCGAGAUGGCUAUUGGAUAAUGACCACGACGAGGAAGGCAUUGUUGUCAUUGCGAAUUUAUAUGGCAAGGGCGACAUCCACAACCCCAAAGCACGGGACGAAUAUCGCGAAAUCAAAAUGGAUGUGCUGCUGCAGCGGCAGGAGGGCGAGCGGUCUUACCGAGACAUGUUCAGGCGAUACUACAAGCGGGUCUUUAUCGCCAUGUCCGCUCAAUCGUUUGCUCAGCUGAACGGUAUCAACGUUAUCUCGUACUAUGCGCCUCUCGUCUUUGAGUCUGCCGGCUGGGUUGGCCGUGACGCUAUUUUGAUGACUGGCGUCAACGGACUUACGUAUCUGCUUUCGACCGUUCCACCGUGGUAUCUCGUGGACCGCUGGGGUCGCCGUGUCAUUUUGCUGUCUGGCGCGGUCGCCAUGGUGCUCUCGUUAUCCGCCAUUUCCUACUUUAUCUACAUUGACAUUCACUACACACCCACACUGGUCGUCGUCUUUGUCAUGAUAUACAAUGCUGCUUUUGGCGCCUCGUGGGGUCCUAUUCCAUGGUUAUAUCCGCCAGAAAUUCUGCCGUUGAGCAUCCGCGCCAAGGGCGCCAGCUUGAGCACUGCCGCCAACUGGGCGUUUAACUGGCUGGUCGGCGAGCUUACGCCAAUUUUGCAAGAAUGGAUCAAGUGGCGGUUGUACCUCGUGCAUGCGUUCUUUUGCGCCGUUAGUUUCAUUGUUGUCUACUUUAUCUACCCCGAAACCAGUGGUGUUCGCCUCGAGGAUAUGAGUCAGCUCUUUGGUGAUGCGACUACGGCCAUGCCUACGCCAUCCACUCACGCUGAGCGCGAGUCUCUCGUUGGCAUGGGCUCUCCUGUACCAUCACUCGAUAUUCGCCGUGCUCCUGGAGUUAAUGCUGCGAUUCCUGGUCUGGACAUUAACCCGCCGGCUGUCUCGGUUGAGAACGGCAAGCCGCAAUUACCGAGUCGAGACGACGGAAGAGGCGAAGGCGUCGGCGGCUGGAUCUCCAAGAUGGUGAAGCGGACCAAGGGAGGAAACGGAAGCUCUAGCGAGGGCAGUUAUCGCCGCCUCGGACAGGACGAAGACUAG